AUGGGAAAAAGGGAAGAACACGCAUUUCCCUUAACUCCAUGUAGCUCAAAUCCGCAAAACUCGGACAUCCCUCAAACUGGUUUACUAAACGUUCCAAAUUACAUGCACAGUUACUUUGGACCAGUGCCUGCAUGGUCACCAGCUUUCGUGCCAUAUCCAAAUGGCAACAAAGAUCCAUCCAUGAUUCAGCAAAACGUUGGUUACCCAUUUCCCUAUGGGAUGCCACCUAGCUGCCCAUUUAUCGCUACGAGCUCCGAACCAAGCGCAAGAACCGGUCAAGAAGAUAGUCCUGAUUGUCUGGGAACUGAAGCGCAAUGUUCUUCCGCACAAGUUGAUGAAGAAAUUAUCCUGGAUAGUCCAGAUCAACGGGAAAAUGAUGAUGGCAUUCCCGAUACACCACAAGCAGUGCCAUCAUCAAGUAGGAGUGAGAGGUCGGAGGAUCAGAGUGUCAGAUAUGUCACUCUUGGUUGUGCACGGGGAGGAAAGGUGUGGAUUAAGAGUUCCAAUGUCGCCAACCCACGUCCGACAGGAAAGACUGACUGUAAGGCAAGGAUUAAUGCCUUACGAGUCGAGGGAAAGAUACGAGUGACAACAGUCCAUAAUACACAUAAUCAUCAUACCAGCCCACAGAAAUCCCAAUUUUUUCGAUGUAACCGAGAAGUGAGUGACACCGUGAAAAGAGUCCUAGACACAAAAGACUUACCUGGCAUCCGGUUGAAUAAGAGUUACGGAUCUCUUGUUGUUGACACAGGUGGCUUCGAGAACCUGCCUUUUUUGGAGAAGGACUGUCGUAAUUACAUCACCAAAGCUCGUCAUCUUCGACUUGGUGCAGGUGGUGCUGGAGCACUUCGAGACUAUUUUUUGAGGAUGCAGUAUAAGAAUAACGGGUUCUUUGCGUUGAUGGAUUUAGACGAUGAGGGGAGGUUAAAGAAUGUUUUCUGGGCAGAUCCACGUAGUCGGGCAGCAUAUCAUGAGGACACGGAGACGUUUACAUGGCUAUUCCAAACCUGGUUGCAAUGUAUGGAUGGUAUAGCUCCAAAGGCUAUUAUUACUGAUCAAGACAGAGCAAUGAAAAAUGCAAUUGCUAUUGUCUUUCCCAAAACUCGACAUAGAUUUUGCUUAUGGCAUAUACUGAAGAAAGUCCCUGAGAAGCUUGGGUCAUAUGCAGCCUACAAGAGUGGGCUGAAAACUCAGCUCAUGAAAUGUGUGUACGACACACAAACCAUUGAAGAGUUUGAAAAGGUAUGGGCCGAAUUUAUUAGUACAUACGAGUUAGAAGAGAAUGGUUGGUUGGAAAGUUUAUAUGCGGAACGCGAGCAUUGGGUACCAGUUUUUCUAAAAGAGCAUUUUUGGGCGGGUAUGAGUACAACACAGUGCAGUGAGAAUAUGAAUGCGUUUUUUGACUGUUAUGUCCAUUCGAAGACAAACUUGAAGGAGUUUGUCGACCAAUUUGAUAGUGCGCUGAAGAAAAAAAUUGAGAAUGAGAAUCAGGCUGAAUUCCAGUCAUUUAGUGGCACCAUUCCCUGCGUUUCUAGAUCCCCAAUUGAAAAGAAAUUUCAACUGUUAUACACUAACUCAAAAUUUAAGGAAGUACAACAGCAAGUCAUUGGUGUGCUUGACUUGGACCCUUCUAUACUAAGAUCGGAUGGUGUAAUGAAGAGUUAUUUGGUAGAAGAUGAGAUCCGAAUUCAUGAGUAUUCAAAACAAGUUACAUAUAAUGUGGAUUUUAAUGUGAAUGACUACUCUACGAAGUGUUCAUGUGGAUUAUUUCAGAUGAGGGGGAUAUUGUGUAGACAUAUUUUGUCGGUGUUCAAAUGUAACAGUGUAAAAGAAUUGCCAGACUGGUACAUUUUAGACAGAUGA